AUGUCGCUAGCGGCUUAUAUACCGUCUCCGUUUCAAAUAAAAAAUGCCAUAGACAAAUCAAAUAAACCAGAUGUCGCUGCACUCCAGGCAAAAACGUUAGCUAGUAUAUAUCGGGCCAAGGUGAUUGAAGCCUACAAGAACCGUCGAAUAUUUACAGUGUUCGGGAAUUACAAUACGAUACGUCGGGCGUUGCUGAAAAGAGGCUGGAUAGAAAAGCUUACACUUAAUCGUUAUACCAAAUUACAAAACUUGCCUGAAGAAAUUCUCCUGCAGCAUGCCAAACGAGGCAAUGAAUACGAAACGGUUGCUAUAAGUAAAAUCAUAAAUCAUUUCCCUGCAUUUUUUGUGUGGCAACCAAAAGCUCAAAGGGAUUUGUAUACCGAUGUCAAGCCAUAUCGCAAUCGUGUUCGUCGGGGUCAUGCUUUUGAUUUUUCCACAAAGGUCGGGCUAAUUAGUUGUGCAGAGUUAGCGGAGCAAUGGUUUGGACAAGAUGGUGUGUCUGGCAUGUUGUAUCCUCGCUUCUUUCGUUUGAGUGGUAAUGAGGAAGAACAAAUGGAAUUUGUAAGAGAUUUUCGGCUAACUCAAUGUCGAAGUUUAUUGAAAUACCUAGUGAAACACAAGGACGAACCUGAACUGGUUAUUGACUUUGAGAAUGGUACAAUAUCCCCACAAAUUGUCAGUUUUGCAAUACAACAGCUACAAUGUCAUAUUGAUGAGUGUGAAAAUAUAGAUGCUCCAAGCGCAGAAGAUGCUCUUAUGGAUAAGGAUUGGGAAGAUUUUCUAAAUAACUCUCACAAAGUAAUUAACUUUUCCAAUAAAAUCAAGUGGAACUACCGCGAGUUGAUGAAUUCUGUGCGCGUGGCAGAAGUUAUACUGAACAACAUUGAGCAAAAGCAUCCUGGUUUCAGAUGGGAUGGGUUUAAAAAUCUGUGGAUUUUGAAGCCGGGCUAUCAAAGUCGUGGCUUGGGCAUUGUUUUGCGAAAUAAUUUGGAUGAUAUAUUGCGUUGGGCUGCUAGUCAUCUUAAUCGUCGCUAUAUUGUGCAAAAAUACAUUGAACAACCAUUGCUUAUUUACAACACCAAAUUCGAUAUAAGGCAGUAUAUGCUGAUUUUUAUACGAGAAUCGAGGGUACAAAUAUGGCUUUAUCGAGAUUGCUAUCUUCGCUUCAGUUCCCAAGAGUACAGUAUAGAUGAUCUUCGAGAAUCGGUACACUUAACGAACAAUUCCGUGCAAAAGAAAUAUAAAAACAAAACCACACGGGAUCCACGUUUACCCAAGCAUAACAUGUGGGGUUUGGAUCAGUUCAAAGCUUAUAUGAAAUCACAAAAUAUACCCGAAGAUGUGUGGGAGAAUAAAGUGUUUUCAGGAUUUCGUGAAAAUCUCAUUGCAGUAGUUUUAGCUAGUUUGGACGAGACAAAUCUCUGUGAAAAUUGUUUCGAACUUUAUGGCUGUGAUUUUAUGCUCGAUGAUCAAUACACACCCAUUUUAAUUGAAAUAAACUCGACGCCUGAUUUAUCGGCCUCAACAGAAGUGACAGCAAGAAUUUGUCCUAUGGUUAUGGAGGACUGCAUAAAAGUAGUUGUGGAUUUGUCUCGCAACAGUAGAGCCUCAACUGGACAUUUCCAAAAGGUAUACGAAGUAAGCUACCACUUUAAACAAUCAGAGGAUGCAAUCGAAUUGUUUAAUGUACAAGGGAAAUCUGUGGAAUUGUGUCCCAGAUCUAGAAUGCCGUGUAAAUUAAAAAUAUUUAGAAAAUCCAAGAAAAAGGAGACCACCACCAAGUCAACAAGCCAAGAAACCCAAAAGCCUCUAACAUUGCUAGUCCCGACAAAAAAAUCGAAAAUUAAUAUAGCAAAAAAUGUGGGAAAUGUCUUAAAAACAGCAGCAAAGGAAGCCUUAGCCUUGCGUUAUACAAUGCCCAAAUAA